CAUUGAUAAAAAUGUUAUGGCGCGAAUAAACUGCGAGAGACUGGUUAUGUGUGAGAGAGCCAGAGCUUGAGGUGAUCGCACAGUGACGGCUGGAAAAGUUGGCACGGUGUAGCGUAGCUAGUCUCGCUCUCUCACUACGAACGAACGCAGCAGGUGCAGCAGCAGCAACAACUACAACAACAACGAAUCGUAACAAGUGCCGAGUGCGAAGCUUUCGUCUGCUGCUGGCCGUCGACGACAGUUUGCGCCGUUGCCGCUUAACAGUUAGUGAACGACUCUCGUGCGAGACAGACGUGAGCGGCAGCUUAGAGCUUGUUAUAAAAACCAAUUUAAUUUCGAAUUUCGAACUUUGGCGCGAAUUUCGCAGACAACAAACGUAGUGAAAAAAGCGACAAAAAAUUAAAAAACAAGUUAAAUUGUAAAGUGCAUGGCAAAUUAAAAGCAACUGCAACGGCAACUGCAACUGCAACAAGUGCAAAAUUGUGCAUAGUUUUUUUAUAACAAAGUGUUGCCAAGUGUAACACACAUAAUAACACACACACAGACACACAGCUCGAAGUGGACAUGUCGGCGUCUACUAAACUGGAGCAGCACUCCAAGCCCAUACUGAGUCCAACACGAUCCCUUGACGAAGGUUUCGAAAGUGAUCCGGAUCGGGUUUCAACCGAUUCAGAGCAUCAAAUAAAUAACAGCAACAGCAACAGCAAUAACAAUGCCAGCAAGCUGGCGCAGCUGAGUUCGGCGGCAACGGGCGGUGCCAGCAGUAACAGCAGCAGCAGCAGCAAUAACAACAACAGCAACAACCUGACAGAGAAGCGCGGCGCACUUAGUCUGGCCGCGCCGCAGCUGCAGCGACGCGAUUAUUACAAGGAUCAACUGCAGCAGCAGCAACACCAACAACAACAGCAACAGCAGCAGCAACAGCUCAAGCAUCAACACCAACAACACCAACAACAACAACAGCAGCAACAGCAGCGCCUGCAAUAUCAAAAACAACGCCAACCGCUGGUCGCCAGCGCUGCCGCUGCCAGCAUUCACAAUCAUCGCUUGACCAACGGCCUCAGCGUUGGCGCCGGCGCUGCAGCUGCUGCUGCCGCAGGCUAUAGGCGCGGACGGCGCCUGCACGUGACGCCGCCAGCGCGCCAUGCGCUGCGUUCGCAUUCAGUGGACGCUAUUGGCAGGCAGCGACACGGCUACGAUCCAAGCAGCCUCAUCCUCAAGCACGACGGUAACGGCAACGUCAGCAGCAGCAGCAGCGUCAGCGUCGGCGGAGGCGGCGGCGGCGGCAGCGCCAACAGUCGCAUGCUCAACUACAAGAGCAGCGCGACUGGCACAGGCUCGGCGGCGGCAGCGGCCGCUGCAGCAGCAGCGGCGGGUGGACAGGCAGCGCUGCUGGUGCAGCCAAUCUCGAGUGCCACGCUGUCGCCGCUCGCGGGCGUUGGGGUGGACGGUGUGGGUGUCGAGGGCGGCGGCGGCGCAUCGCCCGUUAUAGCCUCCGCUACGCACAGCCUGUACACGUUUUACCCGGCCGAGGGCAAUCUGCAGGUGUGGCAAACAGAGUGCGGGGAUCUGACCUACAAAUCGUCGAGGAAUAUGCAUCAGCUGCAUAAGGCGCCCGUGUGCUGGACACAGUCCAUACCCAGGCAGGCAAGACGCUACAUCACGCCAGCCGCCGCAGCGACAACAACAACAGCAGCUGGGGGCAGCAAUUGCGGCACGACGGGCGGCACUAGUCUGGCGGUAUAUCCCACGGCCACGGCGCAGGUCUAUCGCUCCAACAAUGGACUCGAUGUCCUCGACUGCGCCGGCCUGGAGCAUCAUAGUGCAGCAGCGACAACAGCAAACGGCAGCAAUUCCAGCGGCAGCGGCUUCUCCCAGCGACUACGCGAACUUGCCGCAUCCGCCGGACUCCUGUCGCUGAAGCCACGCCAGCCGCUGAAACCCGUUAUCAAGACACGUGGCUCGCCGGGUCCCGAAUUUCCCAAGAAGGUCACGUUCAGCGCCUUUGCCACGGUUCAGGUGGUGUGAUUGUCCACCACGGGGCGUGCCAGCUGUGUGGGCGCAAGCACUGUGGCUAGUUGCCGCGUGUUUUGCAUUGUUAACCGUUAUUGUUGUUUUGUUGCUGUUGUUAAAUGUUUAGCAUUACUAUCGGAUCGGCAUCUGGCAGACUUGGAAACAUUUGCUUAAGUUUAAAUUUAUAUUUGUGCCAUGUCUUUGGCUUGAAUCUGUUAUGAAAUAUGUACCAAUAUAUGUAUACUCCAUAGCUGAAAAUACCUCAAAGACCCUACACCCUUCUAAAGCAUGAAUCUGAAUUUCCAGCACAAUUUUAAAAUUCGUUUUCAUUAUCUGCACCCAUUCCUCUCUCUCUAUCUCUCUCUCUAAAUUUUCACAUUAUCUAAAUGCUUUUCCUGGAAGACUGACAUUUUCAAUUUCACAGUUCCUUUCACUAUGUAUUUCACUGUUCGCAAUACUAUUUUCCCAAAUUCCAAAACAGUAUUCUUCGCAUCUUUAUAUAUCUGGCAAAUCUGCUUUUUAAUCACAACCCCAAAUUGAAGACUACACACAAAAAUUCUAAUAUUUUCUAUCAAAUUGUAAAUAUGUAUGAAUUUUUGCAUAGUCAUAAAUAUGUAUGUGGCGUAUAUAUGUGUAAUAUGUAAGUCUGCUUGAGUGUAUGUGUAUACAUACCAGAACUUUACAUAUGUAUUGUAAUAAUACGAUAUAAGAGUAAAAUGAAAGAUAAUUAUGUAUGUAACUGCCUUCUA